AUGUCUGACAUCCCGGAGGGCGACUACGAGAAGGGAAAGAAGGUGUUCAAGCAACGAUGCCUCCAGUGCCACGUCGUCGACUCGAAGGCCAUGAAGACGGGCCCGACGCUCCACGGCGUCAUUGGACGCACGUCGGGCACCGUGCCCGGAUUCGACUACUCGCCGGCCAACAAGAACAAGGGAGUCGUUUGGGACCGACAGACGCUGUUCGACUACCUGAAGGACCCGAAGAAGUAUAUCCCCGGCACGAAGAUGGUCUUCGCCGGACUCAAGAAGGUCGAUGAGCGCGCUGAUCUCAUCAAGUUUAUCGAGGUGGAGAGCGCGAAGCCCGUC